UCCAGAUUGAGAAGACGCAAACUGCAGGGGCGUGUGGUUAAUUGAAAUCGAUCCGGUGGUCUCUCCCUGUCUCUUUUCUUCUUUUGAAUGUGACGCAGCAGCAGAGGUCCUCUCCUCUCCUCCUCCUCUUCUUCCUCACCUCUUCCUCCCAUAUCUCUCCCCUCCAACAUGACUUCACUGUCUGGGACCAAGGAGAGGUCUGUGAGCAGCCGGAGCAGAAAAUAUGGGAUGCCGGACACUUCACCGAACAAAUCUGCGACCUUUUCCCCUGACACAUGGUACCGAAAGGCCUAUGAGGAGACCAGCAGAUCCGGCCCACGCCCAACUCCGGAGGGUGCCGGCUCCAUGCCGAGCUCCACAGGCACCCCGUCCCCAGGCUCAGGAAUCUCCUCCCCGGGGUCUUUCUCUGGAUCACCUGGGACCAUCUCUCCAGGGAUUGGGACAGGAUCCCCAGGUUCUCUGGGUGGCUCCCCGGGUUUUGGAACCGGCUCGCCGGCCUCAGGCAGCGGAAGUUCGCCUGGCAGUGAGAGAGGGAUAUGGUGUGAGAACUGUAAUGCAAGGCUGACAGAGCUGAAGAGACAAGCGCUGAAACUGCUCAUCCCAGGACCUUACUCCAGCAAGGAUCCCUCAUUCUCCCUCCUCCUCCACGAUAAGCUACAGGUGCCUAACAGUUCGCGGCUGGCGUGGAACGAGCGAGACAGUCGCUGCGAUGUUUGCUCCACUCACCUCACUCAGCUCAAACAGGAAGCCGUGCGCAUGGUCCUCACCCUCGACCAGUGGGACCUGUCCCCCACCUCUUCCCCCCCUGCACUGAUUGAACGAUAUGGAUCUCAAGGACCCCCGGGUCUGCUGGGAGCAUCUGGAGUACCAGGAGUUCCUGGGUCACUGGACUGGCCUCCUCCUUUUCUCCCUUCCUCUUCCUCCUCGGCUGCUUCUUCCACUUCACAUCCUCCUCACAAAGCGUCCCAGUCGCCUUCCCCAAGCCCAAACCAGACCCCGACGCCCAGCCCCAGCCACGGACCAUCCAACGGCAGCCAUGGGAGUCCCUCAGUGCAAACAUCCAGCUGCGCUCCCUCAAACCCACCACCUCAAGGUCAAGGGCACAGACUGGGGUCCAAGCCCAGCUCCUUAGGUCUUGGAGGUGGGGUGGACAGAAGGAAUGGGUCUUCUGGUUCAGGAAAAACAGCUGGUGCCCAACAGCAUGGGACUGGAGUUAACAGCCCCAGCAAAAGCGGUAAUAGUAGUAAUAACGGGAGUGGAGCAGUACUGAGCACAGCAGCUCUGCAGGCCCAUCAGCACAUGAACCGAACUAGCGGAGGGGUUACACUCUAUCCUUACCAGAUCUCCCAGAUGAUCUCUGAGGCCUCCAGAGAAGGACUGUCUGAAGCUGCCCUGAACCGCCACAACACACACUCUCCUUCACACACCAGUUCACCAUCACACACCAACUCGCCCUCUCACACUCAGACUGUCACCACCACAGCACCGACUGCCACCUCUGCUGCUGCCUCUUUCUUUGCCAGAGCUGCACAAAAGUUAAACUUAGCAUCCAAGAAGAAGAAGCAGAAGACGGCUGCAGUCACACCCCCAGUGACAUCAUCAUCGUCCUGCGACCCACCUCUGUUUCCCACCAAUUUCAGCUCCGCCCUGGUGGUGGCCCCUCCCCCAGCUCCACCCUGCCUCCUCCGUGCAGCCAAUAAGAUAAAAGAUACCCCUGGGCUUGGAAAGGUGAAAGUGAUGGUGCGGGUGUGCCCAGUGUCUCAGUUGGAUGCAGCCGAGUCCAGCUCUUUCCUCAAAGUGGAUCCCAGGAAGAAACAAAUCACCAUAAUGGACCCGGCAGCCAAUCAGACGCCAAGCGCCGCUUCCCAGAAAAAAGCAGCAGCCAAUCAGGUCCCACCAAAGAUGUUCACGUUUGAUGCUGCGUUCCCUCCUGAUGCAUCACAGGCGGAGGUGUGUGCGGGAACUGUUGCCGAGGUGAUUCAGUCGGUGGUGAAUGGAGCAGAUGGCUGUGUCUUCUGCUUUGGACACUCCAAGCUGGGUAAAUCCUACACAAUGAUUGGUCGCGACGACUCUCUUCAGACUCUGGGUAUAAUCCCCUGUGCCAUCUCCUGGCUCUUUAAACUCAUCAAUGAGAGAAAGGAGAAGACAGGAGCUCGCUUCUCUGUUCGUGUCUCUGCAGUCGAGGUUUGGGGAAAAGAGGAGAACCUCAAGGACUUGCUGUCUGAAGUGGCUACAGGCAGUUUACAGGAUGGACAGUCACCUGGAGUGUACCUGUGCGAGGACCCCAUCUGUGGCAUGCAGCUCCAGAACCAGUCCGAACUGCGUGCUCCGACCCCGGAGAAGGCAGCCUGGUUUCUGGAUGCCGCCAUUGCAGCUCGUCACAGCAGGCAACACCCCAACACCACGGAGGAAGAGCACAGGAACUCACACAUGCUUUUUACAUUACACAUAUACCAGUAUCGUAUGGAAAAGACAGGAAAAGGAGGGAUGUCGGGAGGUCGCAGUCGCCUCCACCUGCUGGACCUUGGCAGCUGUGACGUCAAAGUACUUGGAGGAGAGGGAGGUGGGAAGAGCAGGGAGAACUCCUCACCCAGCUCAGCCCCACUGUGCCUUUCUUUAUCCGCCCUCGGCAAUGUCAUCCUGGCCCUGGUCAACGGCAGCAAACACAUCCCAUACAAGGACAGCAAGCUGACCAUGUUGCUAAGAGAGUCGCUAGGCAACAUGAACUGCCGGACCACCAUGAUUGCUCACAUCUCUGCCUCACCCAGAGAUUUCUCAGAAACCCUCUCCACCAUCCAGAUUGCUUCCCGUGUCCUCCGCAUGAAAAAGAAGAAAACUAAAGUCACCGUGCAGUACACCUCCAGCUCCUCUGGAGGAGAGAGCUCCUGCGAAGAGGGCCGCAUGCGGCGUCCCACCCAUCUGCGUCCUUUCCAUCACCGUGGAGACACCGACUCUGACCUUCCACUGCUGCGACUAUCCAGCGAUCCUGAUGAGUAUUCGAGCAGCGAACAGUCCUGUGACACAGUCAUCUAUGUGGGUCCCAAUGGAGCGGCGGUGUCUGACAGAGAGCUGACGGACAACGAGGGACCGCCAGAGUUUGUCCCAAUUAUUCCCGCUCUGCUACGAGGAAAAGCGUCAGAGCAGCAUCCAACACAAAGUCAAAGUCAGACAGCUGGAGUCCAGAACAAGGUGCAGUGUCAGCAGGAGGAGCCGCCCAGUGGCCCCUCUCAGGCCUCUCAGUCCCUGCUCGGGCAGCCGUUGGCCCCCGUCCCAGAAGAGGGAGCGGAGUGCCUGAAGUGCAACACCUUUGCAGAGCUGCAGGAGCGACUGGAAUGCAUUGAUGGGAGCGAGGAGGUGGCAAAGUUCCCCUUUGAAGAGGUUCCAGCAAACAAACAAGGUGCCAAACAAGAGCCAUGUGUAUCUUCAUCUGUUCCAACCUCAGCUCCUGCUGCUCCUGGCUCUGCUGCCGUGUUGGAUACAGAGGACACAACAGGCUCUGCAUGUGCCCCAGAAGGCGCCGUGCAGUUCUCCUUCACCUCAGAUGCACCGGUCUCCAGGAGGAGAACCAAUGACCAGCAGCUGCAGGAGAUCAAGGAGGUGGUGGAGGAGGCAGAGCUGGCCCAGACAAUGAUCCACAACCUGGCUCAGACUUCUGGUUCCUCCAUAGUCACUAGUACCAGGAGUGUCACUGGAAGCAGCUGCAUCACCUCCAACCCCCUGCACAGGGUCAAGGGCUCCCAACUUCAUGAGAGCAAUGAGAGUCAGAAUGUGGUUGGUAACGCGGAGGGAAAGGCACGUGGUCUAGGAUCACCACGCCUCGGCAUCGCCAGCCUGACCAAAACCUCAGACUAUAGGCCUCCGUCCUCUCCAUCACAGCGGUGCAAAGUGUACACUCAGAAGGGCGUGUUGCCGGCAACGCCCCCCCUGUCCUCAUACACUCUGGCUCAAGAUUGCCAGGCCACAGAGGCUCUGAUGUCCGACAACAGUUUGGCCGCAGACAGUGGCCGUUCCUCCACAGAGUCCAUUCUGUACAGAACGUCUCCGGUGGGCAUGAGCCCACAAGUCAGAGAGCCAACACCGUCUCUGUCUGCCAGCCUGGGCUCAGCUGAGACACUCUGUGACGAUGAUGUUCCACCUAUACCUAUGGACACGCACAAGGAUGCUCUGUCUGUGGGAACAGUUGCACCUCUCUCACUUGGGGAGGAUGAACUGGUCUACACUGUGGUUUCUGGAGGGCAAGAAGAGUCUGACAUUGCAGCUCUCAUGGAAACAGGGAGCCUGACCUGUCAUCCAACCAGCAUCAUCAGCUUCAACAGUGAAUGUGGCGCUGUCUCUGCCCUAACCUCAGGCUCUCGACCCUUCAACCUCAUCAGUGGUGCUGCUGAGACUGGAGCUGUGCAGAAUUAUCCCCUACCUACAAGUCUGGCAGUAACCUCAGGGGUUGCUGCCAUGGCAGAGGUGGCAAUGGCCAAGUUGCGGGUAGAAGGUGAAGCCUUAGCCACAGUGAUGUCUAACUGUGGUUCACCCAUGUCCUCCUGGGUGAGCGAUCUUAGCCUUGGCAGUGAUGCCGAUCAGUCUCUCCACAGCUUCAGCCAGUCUCAGAGCCAGCAAGGGGAGGCCUUAGCCGAUUCUGAUCCCAGCCAGUGCUCUGGAGUCGGGGGGCUCGGUGAUUAUGAAAGCUGUGGCAGCCCAAGGAGAGGGAGUCUGGAAGGAGAGGUGGUGCAGCAAGAGAACGGCAGCGCUAAAGGAACCAAAGACAGGCUGAGGAAACUGCCACCCUCCAUGGCUAAAACUAACAUUCAGAUUCUGGUAGGACCCAGUAGCCUCUCACCUUUCAAGACCACAAUGAGCAUUCACCAAUGUGUGACUGUCAAACCCAUGAUGAUCCAAGAACCAACCCUGCUCUCCUCACCUACCAAGAUGAGCUUAAUGAAAGAUACAAGCAAAUUCAAUGCACCACUUUUAGCUUCGCUUUCCAGUGAGAUGAGCUUUGACGACCCCUGGUUGAAGCGCGGAAUGGAAGAGGGGAGGUCCGGGGAGUCAAUGUGUGAAGUGAAGCCAGAGAAGGAUGGUGAGAAUAGUGAAGCAUUUGUGUCAUCUCCAGAUUCCUUUAAUAAGAGAGUGGUGGAUGGUUGUGAGAUGGUCGCUGUUGUCGCCCAGGGAGAGGGCCUCACUAUGUACAGCCCAGAUAUCCACCGUACGUCCAGUCUUCCCCGCGGCUGGCACCGUCUUAACCGACACGAUGGCUUAGACAAUGGAAUCGAGUACCGCAACCUUGGCGUCACAACUUCGACUCCCUGUAGUCCCCGCUCUACACUCGACCGCCGGGGAUCAACUGGGAAACAGGGCUUUUUCUCCCACAGGAAGGGUGGGAUCCCACCGCUUCCACCGAUAAGGAAGUCCAGCCUUGACCAGCGGAGCAGGGCGGCCAGCCCUCUCCACCAACCCAGUCAUGGAGUGUUACAGAUUGGGAGCUCAGUAGAUGAUGUGGGGGUUUCUGACGCCAGACAACGAGGCUCCAGCAUUGACAGCAGUAGACUUUUCAGCGCCAAGUUGGAACAGCUUGCGAACAGAACCAACUCACUGGGUCGGGCACACAGCUCCCACAUUGGUUCCCACCAUUAUGACUGCUUCUCCCUGGAGAGGGGCGAGAGCCUGAGAGGAGGAGGAGGAGUUAGGGGGGACAGCACCAUGCCUCGUUCAGGGCGCAGUCUCACCCGGGCUGGAUCGGUUUCUUCUCCCACAGCAAACACGACCAACUCCGGUUUCAUUGGCAGUCCUGGUCCAAGCAGCGCUCCACAGUCACCAGCCAAAACCAGCGGCCAGUCAAAAAUAUCAGCUGUCAAUAAACUGCUGAUGACCAGUAGUCCCAAAGCCAGGAGUGUGUCUGCCUCCAGCACCAAGACUCUGAGCUUCUCUACCAAGUCUUUAAGCCAAACCACCAGCCGCAGCUCCAGCCUGCCUCCUAUUGGAAAACCUCAGAGCUCAGUGCAGGCUCCUCUGCAGCAGCCGGGACCCUCCCCUGGAUCCUGGUCUACCCAGUCUCUAAGCCGCAGUCGGGGGGGAAGCCUGGCAGCCAAGCUCCCACUGCGGGCCGUCAACGGUCGUAUCUCAGAGCUCCUCCAAGGAAGUGCAGGCUCCCGUGGCAGGAAUCAUGCACAGGGAGGAGGCACUGAUCCUGCAGAGGAAAGAGGAGUUGGAGGAGCAAGUGGAGGGGGAGCUGCAGCAGGAGGUGGUGGAGAUGGGGGUGUGGGUGAGGAGAAAGCAGCAGUUGUCCAAACGCUGCCUUCCCCCUACAGCAAGAUCACAGCCCCUAGAAAAGCUCAGCGAUGCAGCAGCGGCCAUGCCAGCGACAACAGCAGUGUACUCAGCGGGGAGCUCCCCCCGGCCAUGGGGAAGACGGCCCUGUUUUACCACAGUGGAGGCAGCAGUGGCUACGAGAGCAUGCUGAGAGACAGCAGCGAGAACACAGGAAGCACCUCCUCUGCUCAAGACUCCCUCAGCGAACACAGCACAGUCACCACCUCCUCCAGACGGAGCUCCAAGAGCAACAAGAAGAGCAGGAGCAACACAGGCCUCCAGCGUCGUCGCCUGAUACCAGCUCUCACCUUGGACUCUUCCACCUCGUCGCCCACUCAUCGCUCCACGAAACAGGCCAACACUUCCUCAUCUUCCUCCUCCUCCAGCCCCGGUGCAUGCUGGGUAGAUGGCCCGCUGGGGCCCCCAGCUCCCUCAAACCUCCGAGGCGCAACGGCAACAACAGAAACCUUUGAGAUCAAGGUGUACGAGAUAGAUGAUGUGGAGCGUCUGCAGAAGAGGAGAGACAAAGGAGGAAGCAAGGAGUCGGUGCAUGUGAACCCCAAGCUUCGUCUCCUGGAGAACCGCCAACAGCGAAUCACUGAAGUCAGAGCCAAGUACCAGUGUCUGAAGAAAGAACUGGAACAAACCAAACAGUACCUGAUGCUGGAGCCACACAAAUGGACCACUGAGUUCGAGCUGCAGCAGGUCUAUGAAGUGGACUCUCUGGAGUAUUUGGAAGCCCUGGAGAUGGUAACGGACAAACUGGAGACCAGAGUCAACUACUGCAAAGCUCAUCUCAUGAUGGUCACCUGCUUUGACGUGUCCUCAAGAAACCGAUAGACAGAGGGAGAGAAGGGAAGCAGGAGGACAAGGAGACGUGGACUCACGGCAGGACUUCAGUUGAUGUUUAUUAGCCCACACAUUUUAAAUAUGUAUCUCCUGUAUAAAUACAUCUCAUUGGAUUACUGGUUAGAUGGAAGGAGGGGAUACAGGGAUGGACUGUCCAUUUGAUUUAUCAUGUCGGGCAUCAUUAUGUCCCCAGAUGUAAGUCGGCGGAAGGACAGAUGGAUGGAGAGAUUGGGGUUUAAAGGAAUGGAGAUAUCUGACAGGCCAACAGACAGAUGACCUUGUAGAUUUUCACAUUUGGGCUUUUAAGCAACCUCAGAAACAGUCACUGAAGAGCAUCUUAUUGACAGGCUGCUUUGACUCAGAUAUAUAUGGCUGCCCUGAAGGGGGCAGACAGAUGGUGGUGACUCUGAGACGAGACAUCAGACAAGUGACCACAUUUUUCCAGAGAACGGAAUAAUUCUACAGCAGAGGAACCUCCUAGACUCAGUCGAACAUUCAGUAAUACACGGAGAGAGAAAUGGAGAGACAAGCAAAAACUGCCUUUUUUAAACAAAGGAGGAUGAAGGAGAGGUUAAGGUCGAAUAGAGGAACCAUUUCUCCUCUCCCAUUAUUUUGGAAGAGCACUUUUUAGAGUAGUUGAGAGCCAUUGACUGUAAAAACAGUGCUGACUACAGAAUGGCCUGGUGUUGUUGUGCAGUUGAUGAUAGAGACUGACAAAGAGAAAGACCGCAGGACAAAGAAAAUGAUUUAGAUAAGUGCCUUGUGAACAUUUCAACAAUACCAAGACCAAUUCUCUUUUUCUCUGAAUAUGUGUACAUGCAUUAAGUAUGGUGCCUACAGAAAAAACACAUACACACAAAAAAUGAUCAUUGUCCUUUGAAAAUCUUUGUUAUUAGAGACAUCAGUAAAUGUGAUGUUUUACUGUGUUUCACUAGAAGAAUUAUUUGGUACACUGAUGUAAUACAUUGGAGCUGUUUGGAUCCCUAACGCUAAAAGUUCAAAUAUAACAAACAGGUAGUCCUCUUUCAAAGUGCUACAAGCCAGGUUUUUCUGCCACCAUGAUUUGUAUGGGCAUGGGUAAUGGCGAUCUUCACUUGCCAAGAGCUUCAGCCAUCUUAUGUUUACAGGAAAAGAGGUUAAAAAAGAGCCGUGCUAGUUUGUCAGGGAGCUUGUGAUGCUUUUUUUACGCUAUCGGAAAGGGACCAGGCCAGGCCAGGACAGGCCAGGUCACACCAGACUAGGGCAAGCCUAGCAUGCAAACUUCAGUGGAGGAAAAACAAGAGCUUACAUUGGUGUUGCUUUCCAGCGAAACAGAAAGCUGUGUUAACUAAACUAAACAAAUGAACUCUAAUGCCGAACUUGCUUCCAAACUGGUCGGAAAAAUUGUGGUCGAUGUUAAUACGGCCAUGUAUCAAUAACAAAUAUUUCAAUACAGCUCCUUUAAAAUCAACAGUUGCAUGGACCAAAACAUUUAUUUAAAAAACGUACAUGAUAUUUCAAGGACCCAAACUCAUGUGUGUUUAGAAAAUAAUAAUAAUAAAAAAACAGAGAAGAAGAAAGAAGCUAGGUUCUUGUGCUGAUGUGAUUUCACUUGACUUUACUUCACAAACAGAGCACAUCUGAGUUUUUACCCUCUGGGGCACAUGUAACAUAUACCCCCCCAACCCUGAUACAGUCGUGAUGGCUUUUUCAUGUUCAUGAAGCCAUGACACGUCGAGUCACACAGGAGUGGAGAUGAAAAUGUGUCUCUGUGUUACAUCCAUCGACUGACUCACUGUCUGACUGACAGGUGGACUGCCUGUUAUUUGUAUCUGUGUCGUUCUGCUCUAUUCUAAAAGAAACUGAAUGAUUCGUCAAUGUGUGUGUUUUAUAAUAAAGUAUCUUUUUUAUUUGAGUUCAA